AUGGAUUGUUGCAUGUUCAAUCAUUGGGGUUCUGUUUGGAUUUUCUACCGGUCAUUGUUUACGUGUCAGAUUACAGGGGAGUCUCCCCAACAUAUAACUAUUAGAGUACAAUCUCAUCUUUUCCAAGACUCCAUUAUUUUGUCUUGUAUACACGCGAAGUGUACGCAGCAGGACAGAGAGGAUUUGUGGAAUGCACUUUUGCAGGAUAAACCCGCCUUCAAUCCUUGGUUUUUGGUGGGGGAUUUCAAUGUGGUCACAAAUACAGAGGAGAAGAGGGGUGGAUUGCCAUUUAGACCGUCGGAGGGAUCAGACUUUCUGAAUUUUAUGGCGCUAGCUGGUGUCAGUGAUGCGGGAUUCUCUGGGUCAAGGUUUACAUGGUGUAAUAAUCGUUCGGGAACGGCGCGGAUCUGGAAGCGUCUGGAUCGCUUACUUCUGUGUGGGAGUGCAAUGGAGCUACCGUACCAAUUCAUGGUGCAACAUUUAGGCCGUGACCCGUCGGAUCAUGCUCCCUUGUUGCUAUCGGUGGAUACGAGGCUAGACAAUAAACCCAAGCCGUUUCGUUUCUUAAACAUCUGGACCACUCAUCCUGAUUUUCUGGGGGUUAUCAAGGACUGUUGGGUUCAUCCAGUCAAUGGCUCUCCUUUGCAAGUAUUGGCAUCGAAGUUGAGGAAUGUUAAAAAUGCCCUCAAGCAGUGGUCUAGGACGACAUUUGGGGAUAUUUUUGAAGGGGUACGUAGUGCAGAGCGUGUGGUAACCGAGUCUGAGACAGCAUACGACCUCGAUCCUACUGAGCAGCGACGGAGCGAGUUACAUCAUGCUCGGGCUCGAUUGCGCCGAGCGCUUGUAGUUGAGGAGGGUUUUUGGAGACAAAAGGCGCGGGUUAAGUGGCUUUCGGACGGAGAUAGGAACACCAAAUAUUUCCACUCCUUGGUUACGGAAAGGAGACGUAGGGCAGUAAUUCAUCGAGUCAGGGGUACUGCUGGAGAGUGGAUCGAGGGGGAAUGCCAAAUUGGGGAGGCAGCGGUGGGUUUCUUUAAGGAUCUUUUCACGGCAGAGGGGGAUCUUCCCUCCCUUACCGGUCUGGAGAUCAUACCUAAACUGAUAACAGACCAGGAAAACUCACGGUUAACGGACAUUCCAUCUCUUACAGAAGUUAAAGACAUAGUCUUUGCUAUGGAUGGAGAGAGCGCAGCCGGCCCGGACGGGUUUACAGGGAAAUUCUUUACCUUUGCUUGGGAGGUAGUGGCAUCGGAUUUAUACCGGGCGGUUGUCAGCUUUUUCUGCGGUGCUGAACUACCUAGGAGUAUCACGGCUACCUCAAUUGUGUUGCUGCCAAAAGUGGAGAACCCCCAAGAUUUUAAGCAUUUUCGUCCAAUCAGUCUGUGCAACUUUACUAACAAAAUCAUCUCCAAGCUGUUAUCGGCAAGGUUGGCGAUGAUAUUACCCCGGAUUAUAUCUCCACAGCAAAGCGGGUUUGUCCAAGGGAGGCAGAUUACAGAUAAUUUCUUGUUAGCUCAGGAGUUAGUAGCCGAUAUCGGGAAAUCAAAUCGGGGUGGCAAUGUGGUCAUCAAGUUAGACAUGAUGAAGGCUUAUGAUAAAGUCUCAUGGCCCUUUCUCCUACAGGUGCUACGAUAUUUCGGAUUCAGUGAGACCUGGAUAGACAUGAUUUGGCGCUUAAUAUCGAAUGUGUGGUUCUCGGUACUUGUUAAUGGUGGUUCAAACGGCUUUUUCAGAUCUUCACGGGGUUUACGGCAAGGGGAUCCAAUUUCACCAGCCUUAUUCGUUAUCGGAGCUGAGGUGCUGUCUAGAACCCUCAACACGCUACCCACACAAAGAGGAUUUACUCCGUUCAAAGUUCCUCCUCAUUGUUCUAUAAUUACGCAUUUGGCAUUCGCCGAUGACGUGAUUAUCUUUUCCAGUGGGGCCAAGUCAUCCCUACGUCUGAUUAAACGGGUUUUGGAUGAUUAUAAUGAGGCAUCAGGUCAGCGAAUCAACCCUCAGAAGAGUUGUUUCCUUACUCAUCCACGGGCACCAUCUCAGAGGGCAGCGGUUGUUAACCAGAUACUAGGGUAUAAUAAACGCGACUUUCCAAUACGGUACCUUGGUUGUCCCUUGUAUACCGGAAGGAGCAAGAAGGUUUACUAUACGGAUAUAUACAAUGCGGUGGCGAAUCGGAUUUUGAGUUGGAAAAACCAGAUAUUAUCGCUAGGAGGCAGGGUGGUGUUGAUUCAGAGCGUGUUAUCCUCUAUGCCAAUUCACUUGCUGGCAGCCGCGUCCCCUCCAAAAGGGAUGUUGAUGGUCAUAGAGAAAUUGUUCGCCAAGUUCUUGUGGGGAUCUUCGAAUUUCGGGGAUAAAUUCCAUUGGAUACGUUGGGCAGAUUUGUGUCGGCCGAAGGAUGAAGGGGGUGUAGGCCUGCGGGGUUUGAAACAGGUCUACGACUCAUUUUCCAUUAAACUCUGGUGGAAAUUUCGACAACAACAAUCAUUAUGGGCAAAGUUUAUGUCCCAGAAGUAUUGUGCAGGUCAUCACCCUUGUCUUGCUGAUAUUGGGCAUCCGGGAUCCCAAGUUUGGCAGAGGAUGGUUACAAUGCAGCGUUUUGGGGAGGAUAAUAUUAGCUGGGUAGUUCGGGAGGGGGCUUUGGACUUUUGGCAUGAUAAUUGGAUGGGGUCAGGUGCGCUUUGUGACAAGGUUGAGGUCUUCCAUGAUCAUUCGGUGGUUGAUUUUGUAGAUCGGCGGGCUUGGAAUGUGGACAUGCUCCAUCAAUUCUUGGAUGGAGAAUUGGUUACGCAGGUUUUGGAGAUUGACCCUCCUACCGAUAGGGGAAAUGAUACAAUGGUAUGGGCAUUGACGAACUCGGGUGUUUUUUCCACUGCAUCGGCUUACUCAUUGAUCCGUCAAUCCAAUGACAAUUCUUGGCUUUUUGGUCGUAUAUGGCAGCAGGGUCUUCCAGUCAAGGUUUCUUUCUUUAUGCUGCGACUACUACAGGGGAGGCUCCCUCUUAUGGAUCGCCUAAAGAGGUUUGGGGUUUGUGGCCCAUCUAGAUGCUUGUGUUGUCAGAAUCCCCAGGAGGAGGAUUUGAAUCAUGUGUUUUGCUCAGGAGAAGGGGCACGAUUGGUCUGGCGACACUUCGAGAGUACUGCUGGUGAGUUUAGUGGGGUGCAUACGGUGCGUCAUAUGGUGUGGUCUUGUUGGUUAAGGAGGGGGACUAAUGAUCGUGUAAAGUUUUUGCAUAAUAUACUUCCUUCGGUGGUAUGCUGGGUUUUAUGGAAGGCUAGGAAUGAAGGGGUGUUUGAAGGUCGGAAGAUGAGGAUCAGGCCUACGGUGAAUCGGAUUGUUCAGUUUCUGCAUGAUUUCCUUCAGUCACGGUUCCCGGGGGUGCAGCCUUCUGCCCCUACAUGGGAAGGGUUGCUUCUCGAAUUAGGUAGUCAUCAAAGGCGGAUGGUUAUUAGGCCAGUUUACUGGGUAACUCCACGUAGAGGCUAUAAGUUGAAUUCAGAUGGAUGUUCUCGGGGGAACCCAGGAAGGAGUGGGGGGGGUGGGCUUGUGCGGGAUAGUCGAGGAAAUUUUGUAUUCGGCUACGCGGAGCCCUUCGGGGUGAUAACCAGCAUGCAGGCGGAACUUCGAGCGUUGCUAUGGGGCGUUAGACAUUGUGUGAUUCGAGGGUGCUUGGAGUUACACUUAGAGGCGGAUUCUCUCACCCUGGUUCACAUUGUUCAAGGGACUAGUGCUUGUCCUUGGCGUUUACAGAGAGAUCUGGAUGAGUUGAUGAUGUUCAAGCAAUAUUUCACAUCGAUCACACACUGCUACAGGGAAGCAAACGCACCUGCAGAUCAUUUGGCAAAUUUUGGUGCUGAUUCUAGUGCAGGUCAUGUGUUUAAUACAUUCUCAGAAUUGCCGCAAUUGGUUAGGGGGGCUAUUAGAUUAGAUCGAUUAGGAUUUCCUACGUUUCGUACACGGUGUCUGGCAUGA